AUGCCUCGCAAUGCUCAUCCUGGUAGAGAGCAUAUUAUUGCGGAAGAGCAAAGGAGGGAGUUUUCCUUUGGAAUAUGCGAAAAAUGCACAGGAUAUGACAUAUCGGGGAAAAGAGGCUUACAUUGUGCUCCUGAAGUCAAUUCAAAACGCUGUGCGAAUCAUUUGGAGAAUAAAUCCAAAUUUGAGUUGCAAGGUUAUCCUCUAGUAUUCCUUCUUUGGAUACUAGAGUCGAUUCCUUUGCUAAGGAAUAAGUUCAGUAAGUGUGUACCAACAGUUGAGGUUCCUGGGCCGACUUACUUGUGUGAAAAAUACACUGAGAUAGAGAAUCCAUCACUUGAUAGGGUUUUACAGGUUGAAGCUGAUACAAAGCUGAAGGUCCAUUGCAUACUACCUUCUAUUCCUCAUGAUCCAGAAGAUGAUAUCUCCAUUGAAGACAAAUAUAGUGACGAGUUGGAAACAGUGAAAGAUGUAACAAAGAAAGGGUACAAGAUUACAGCCGAUGACUGGGAAAAUAGGUGUGUAGACACAUUUGACACAUUGGAUGCUCUUAUUCAAAUGAUGGCAAAUAAGGAGACUGGCCAAGCUUCUACUCCGAUUGAUGAGGAUUCAGUAAAUGAAAAAGUGAACAGGAUCAUCACGGUAAUGGAGGAGAAUCUGAAGAGCAUGAAGGAUCGAAUGUCAUUACUGGAAGAAGAAAACAUACAUCUUAGAGCUCGUGUGUCAGAGUUGGAAGGAAACAGCAAUGUUUUUCCCACUAACGUGACACAAAAGCGAUCCAGUGGGACACCUUUAUCUCCAAUGUCUCACACGCAACCAUCCAGUGGGACACCUUUAUCUCCAAUGUCUCACACGCAACCAUCGAGUGAGACACCUUUAUCUCCAAUGUCUCAACAGCCUAAUUUGACACAUGAGGAGACAAUGAUUGAAUCAGCUGCAUCUCCAAAGUCUCAACAAAAUGAGGAUUACACGCAAUCAUCGAGUGAGACGCCUUUAUCUCCAAUGUCUCAACAGCCUAAUUUGACAAAUGAGGACACAAUGAAUGAAUCAGAUGAUGAAACUCCUGCCCUUGAUACUCAAGUAUUCUCUCCUAAUCUGACAAAAGAGGUAUAUGCUCAAUGAUAUUGUUUUCACAGUUGGAGUUUACAAAUUAGUUUUGGGUGAUUUUUUUUUACAUAUAAAGGCUUUUCUGAUUUUUGACAGAAAGAAACAGAAACGUCUACCGAUGAGAGGCCAUCCAAUCCUAAUCAAGAUGGAAAACCAGAUGAUGAGGUAAUAUUUAUUCUAGAAAUUAUAGUUGAAUGUAUUCAUGAUGGCCAUUCCUGAUAUUUUUUUGCAGAUUGU